UUCCAGAAAACAAGGAGAGUAGUUUACAAAAAGGCAUAUUACUGGUUGGUCAUAUCUAAGGAGUUUUCUUGACCUCUUUCUCAGAAAAUGAUAUGAUCUAUGUGGAGAAGAAUGAUCUGAUUGUGUCGUAGUUGUUUGAUAUAUGUGAAGUCGUUAUUUAUUUUGUACAAGUCAAGGCAUCUUUAUUUCCCUUUCGCCAUCAUAUUCAAAGUUGUUAGAGUUACGAAGAAGAAGAAGACCAGAAUAUCAGGUUUCUUAGUCAUCAGAAUACUUUCGUGCCAGAUACUUCUCUUCACAGCCAGAAUAUCACUUUACAAUAUUCAAACCUCCAUUACUUUGACAUUACCACAUUCAAACCUCCUCUUCACUUCAAAAAUCCAAACCCGUGUAAAGGUUCGAAUAAUGAUUCAUUACAAGCUCGAGGCUGGAGUUGAUUACAAUAGUGUUGGUCCUGCAGAACCUGAGAUGCAGUCCCUAACCAAGGAAUCAUCUUGUUAUCGAAUUCAGGACAGUGGUGACAGGGGAGAAACAGAGCCAAAGAAGAAGCCAAAGAAACUGUGGUCAAUCAAGCUCUCAAGAUUACCAAGCUUAAGAUCAUCCACGAGACGAGCCAAAUCCCGACAUGAUCCCCUUCCCAUUGUCUUGUAUGCUAAUCCAUCAAGCACGCCACCGCCAAUUCCAAUUGAGAUUUCAGAUGCGCCACCGUGUUAUAUGAAGGCCACGAGGAGUUCGGAUGCAAGGAGGGGAAGUUUGCAGAAAUCAACGAUUACACCAACAAGAAGAUCGAUUUUAAAGCCUGGGAAGAGUUUGGCAAGAAUGUCUAGCUUGAAAAUCAAGAGGACUUUGAUGAGUAAAAGCUAUGGAGGAACUGAGGUGCAGGGGAAAGUGAAGAGGUCGAGAUCAAUAAAGCAGGCAAAUUUCGAGUGGUCCAGUACACAUGCAAGAAAAUUGGAAUCCCAGUAUCAGGCAAGCCUCCGUAAUUCUGAAUCUAGUUUUCUUAGCAAAAAAUUAAGUGGUUCAAGGCCAAAAUAUGCUUUGUCCGGUAACAAAUCUGUGAGAUUUACAAUAACAAGAACAUCGAGUUUGAAACCUGUGAAAGUCUUGACAAAAAUGGGUACCUUCAAAUUAAAGAAGCCCUCUAUGGAGAAAUGUUAUGAAAUAUGUCAAUCUCCUGACUCAAGCAUACAUAAAGCUACCUGUUCUUCAAUUCUCAAAGAUUCAAAAUUCCCUGAUUCCUUGGAGCUCGAGCUUCAACCUGGUGAAUGUGAAUCUGAAGGAAAAUUAGUCAUGAGGGUUUGCCGAUAUACUUAUUGCUCCCUUCAUGGCCAUAACCAUAACGCAGCUCCUCCAUUGAAACGCUUUGUAUCUAUGAGGCGGAGAUUGUUGAAGACCCAGAAGAGCAUGAAAGGGAAGAAUCAACUUCAUAAAGGCAAACGUUUCGGAAAAAUGAAGAAAGGAAUUCAGUCAAGCAAAAUGCUCCAUAAUGGAGAUCCUGCAGUUGGUAAUGCGAGUAAUAUAGCUCUCUCUCCUGUCAAACAAAAAGCAGGACAGGACUUGCUUGCAAAUUCCCAUGCUGAAGAACCAAAAGGCUCAGCAAAUGGAGUUGGCAGUUCAAGUAGAGAAGAUGAAGACCUUGGCGAUUUUGAAUACGAGGCUGAGUGGCUGCCUAGUGAAACUCUAUACAAUCAUCCAUCAGAAGUCGCUGACAAAGACAGAAAACAAGAGAAAAGUGCUGUAUAUAACCAUAAAGUUGGGGAGGCUAAUUCCAUUCUCAUUGAGGACUCAUACAAUGGUGACUCGACAUCAUUUGGAAAAAAUUUAAGGGUCAAUUUUCCAAAUGGAGAAACACCAGUUAAAAUUAGAAGACCAUCUGAUGAUGAAUUUGUGGAAUCAACAGGAAGUAACAGCAUGGUCUCUUCUGAUUUUGAUCUUGAGCCACUGGAGGAUCAAAUUACAGGCGACAAAGACAAGAAAGGAAAUUUGAAGCCGCACCAUGGACUUUUUCAGCGGUACCCUACCCACAGGGACUCCGAGCCCAUCAUGACCAAUCAUGUAGAACACAAAACACAGUUUAAAAAUCAAAAGUAUAUCAGAAUGUGGCACUUGAUAUAUAAGCAUGCAGUGGUAGGUGUCGAUAGAAAAGCUGGAAACCAGGUUCCUCUAAAUGGAUUGGAUGAAGAACAGGUGGAAGAUACAAGCACCUUGCUUGGCACUAAUGACUGCGGUUCUUCUGAGGGCUUUUCUGAAAUUGGCAAGGACAUGGUAAAGGAAAAUCAUGAUGCAAACCACCAAAAGAAUGAGCUCAGCCAGAUUAAUGCCAUUCAGCUGGUACAAAAAGCAUUUGAUGAUAUCCUUCUGCAAGAAUUUCAAGACCACUCAAUGGAGGAUCAAUCAAUUGCUAGUAGCAUCAGUUCAGACCACGACCUCUUAGAAAAGAGUCAUGGCGAGGGCCAGGAAUGGAGCAUCUCAGCUUACAGUGAGCCUGCUAGAGACAGUAUGGUACAGGAACCAGAAGAAACAUGGGUCAAAGCUGAUAGUAUUAGCACUCCCAUGGAAGAGAGAACAGCAUCAAAUGUGAAAAGUGAAUCUGACCAGAAAAUGCCCAAGAGCUGGAGCUAUUUGAAAAAAUUGAUCAUCCUCAAGAAAUUUGUGAAGGCAUUGGAGAAGGUGGGGGAUUUCAGCCCCCGGGGGCCACGAUAUCUGCCCUUGAAGCCUGAUCCAGAAGCAGAAAAAGUCCAUCUAAGGCACCAAACAACAGACGAGAGAAAAAACACCGAGGAAUGGAUGCUUGAUAAUGCACUUCAACAGGUCAUUUCUAAACUAGCUCCAGCUCAAAAACGAAAAGUAGCGCUGCUUGUAGAAGCUUUUGAGACAGUUCUUCCACUGUCAGAAAUCGAAAUUAGCCAGAGCUCCAAUGCAGCAAUUCGUACUCGAGCAAAUACUGUUCAAGCCUGUAAUGGUCCUUCAACUCAAAGCACAGGAAGAGCAGGUCAAGAAAGUAAUUAUAAAGAGUCAGCUGAAAUAUUCCAAGGUUAUCCAGACCAAGUCAGUGAUUUUCUAGCAGACAAACAGCUACCUGCAAUGAAAUUUUCUGAGCUCACAGAAACUACUUUGGAAUGUUGUUCCAUUAAAGCAGAACAACAUAUAACAGCCUGUCAAGACACUGGUGAAGACUGGAAGGAAAAGCAAACUGUUGCCAUCAAUAUUGAUAUGGUCGGCAGCAAAUUACUUCUCGCUGAAGGUCAACCUGAUUCCAUCAUUAGUUGUUCAUCAGAGAUCAAAGAUCCCAGCUCAUGUAAUAAAUUCUCCUUGAAGCCAGAGAACAUUGUAAGCACCUGUCAUGAAGAAGUUGGAGAUAAUGGAAAAGCCUCCAAGGUAAUUACUCCAAGUUCAGAACUCUCAAACAGUGCAUCUGAAACAGAAGGCGAAGAUUUAGAGACAAAUCCAGGGUUUUCUCCAUGUGAAGAAUAUAAGCCCGAGGGCACCAUUGAUGUAGCAAAUGAGGCCCGAUCGGAAAAAGGGAAAAACAUGAGACUGUGGUACUUAGUGUAUAAGCACAUGGUAUCAGGUAUUGCAGCAAAAGAUGGAGCCAAGCCAUACCUCAAUGAAGCAGGUAAAGAAGAACCAGUGAAUGAUGCCAACUCAUUGCCAGAAAUGGGCAUUUCUAGUUUAAGUCAAAACUUCUCAGAAAUGAAUCAAGACAUGGAUGGGGAUAAUGAGGCAGAUGAGCAAAAUGUCGAUCUCCACCGUACUGAAGCCAUUAAGCUGGUAGAAGAGGCAAUUGAUGAAAUCCUUCUUCCAGAAAUUCAGGACCACUUAACUAAGGAUGAAUUUAGCACUAGUGAGAUGAUUCAAGAUAAGGGACUCUCAGAAGAGAAAGUGAGUGAGGGAGGAAAACCAUUCCUCUCAAAUUGCAAGAAUGGCUUCAUGGAAUCCCACAGAACAGCUCCAGGAGAAAAAUGGCUUACAUCUGGUAAUAUCAGUACCCAAGAAAAAGAGAAAACCGAGUUGAAUGUGGGAAAGAAAUCAAACAAGGAAAUGCCAAGUAGCUGGAGCACUCUGAAAAAGUGGAUCUUGCUUAAAAGAUUCAUCAAGGCAUUGGAAAAAGUAAGGGAAUUUAAUCCAAAGGGGCCUUGUUAUCUGCCUUUGGAGCCAGACCCUGAAGGUGAAAAGGUUCAUUUAAGGCAUCAAGAGAUGGAUCAGAGAAAAAAUUCUGAGGAAUGGAUGCUUGAUUAUGCACUUCAACAGGUUGUUGCAAAACUAACUCCUGCCCGGAAAAGAAAAGUGGAACUUCUUGUUCAAGCUUUCGAAACAGUCAUUCCAACUAUAGGAUGUUGA